AUGACCAACUCUUCUUUUUUUGGUUUUGAUAUCGAUGUACCCGACGCGGUAAAGGGAGGUGUUAUCGUUUGUCUUACUAUUCUUGCAGGAUUAUCAUCUGGACUAUUGCUUUGUUUGUUUUCACUUGAUACAAACCGUUUGAAUGCCCUCAUGCAAGGAUCUAAUACCGAAGAUGCACGGAGGGCACGUCGUGUGAUGAUGCUAUUACAUAAGCCUAACUGGCUCUUGGUGACUCUUAUCCUUUUGGAGGACGUGGCUGUGGAAAUGAUGCCUCUUGUAUUUGAUCUAUUUCUAAACCCUAUAGCGGCAAUUUUCGUUUCUGUUGGGAUUAUAUUGGUUUUUGGAGAGAUUAUACCACAGGCGAUAUUUGUUCGUUACGCAUUACAGGUAAGUGCUGCGAUGGCUUAUGUGGUUUUAUUUAUGAUGUGCUUGACAUCACCUAUUACAUGGCCUAUAGGAAAAUUGUUAGAUAUUAUUCUUGGUGACAAGGAAAAAGUUUUUUGGGGUCGUAGCGAAUUGAAGGAACUUGUGCGCUUACAAGAAGAACUACAAAAUGAAAAAUGUGGUGAAGAUAUAAUUACCUCAUCUCAGAAUGAACAAUCUUCUUUAAUGCCUCAUGAUCAAGAUAUUUCUCCUUUAGAAGCUAGUAUUAUUCUUGGCGCAUUAAGUAUGUCUGAAAGCACAGCUUUAGAUGUUUUAAAACAAGAUCUUAAUUCUGUAUAUUGUUUACAUCGUGAUACUUUGGUAACGAAGGAGAUUACUAAGACUAUCUUUUUAAAGGGACUUCGUUUUAUCGCUGUAUACAAUGAUGUUGAUGACUCAACAAGUGUUACACAUGUACUCGAAACCAAGGUCCUUAUAUGCUUUGUAUAUCGAAAAGAAAAAGAGUCAGUACGUCUCUGUGAUCUUCCUUUGCGUCCACUUUGUUGUUUUCCAGAAACGACCCUUUGCAGUGAACUAUUUGAAAGUUUACACCACAUGGUGGGUCAAGUUGCUGCUGUUGUAGGUGGGGAAGGUAAAAUAAUUGGUAUAGUGACAAUGCGAGACGUUGUGGAAUUUAUUCAUAGAACCUCAUUUAAAGGGGAAAUGGAUCCCAAAGCAGAUGCACCUUUGCAAAUGGCAAAUUCAUGGAGAAGGUUGCGUGAAGUCUGUGAAGAGAGCAAUAGAAGUGUAUUUCUCCGUGCGAAUGGUGUGAUGCCUCUUCGCCAUACCUGGACUGCAGGAGGGGAAAAAGAUAGUCAUACUUCUUCUUGUCAUUCCACACAUUCCAACAGUCCAUUGCUUCGGCCGAAUAGUUCCCAAAACGCCUCUCUUUGUUAA